UUGACCAAAAUUCGCGUUGAAGGAGUCCCGUGUUUUUCAGCUCCGUUUAUUAGUCAAAAACUCCCAAAACCAAUUUAAAAGAAGCUUCCUUUGAUUUAAGUAUUUCUCUUCUCCGGCCACCUAUAGCCACCUACUUUAUAUUUCAUCCAUCUCUACCUUUCUCCAUCACGAUCGACGAUCCACUCAAACACAUUUUAUUUGUCUAUUUUUUUUUCUCUCAGUUAUAUCUUUUAAUACAUAGAGGAGUGCUUGAUCGGAAGAGAGACGGAGAAUGGCGCAGAGGAAGUAUCUGAUAGAGGUGGAGCAAGCAAAGGAGGCCAGAGAUGGAAGACCAUCUGUUGGUCCUGUCUAUCGUAGUGUGUUUGCUAAGGAUGGAUUUCCUCCUCCGAUUCCUGGAAUGGAGAGUUGUUGGGAUGUUUUCCGCAUAAGCGUGGAGAAAUAUCCUAACAAUCGCAUGCUCGGUCGCAGAGUAAUUCAGAACGGAAAGGCCAGUGAGUACGUGUGGCAAACUUAUAAAGAAGUAUACGACUUGGUGAUUAAAGUUGGUAAUUCAAUUAGGAGUUGCGGUGUUGAACCGGGAGGGAAAUGUGGUAUUUAUGGUGCCAAUUGCGCAGAGUGGAUAAUUAGCAUGGAGGCCUGCAACGCUCAUGGGCUUUAUUGCGUUCCCUUGUAUGACACAUUAGGUGCUGGUGCUGUGGAAUAUAUAAUUUGCCAUGCAGAAGUCUCAAUUGCUUUUGUAGAAGAGAAAAAAAUCCGUGAGUUGUUGAAAACAUUUCCAAAGUCAACUGAAUACUUGAAAACAAUUGUGAGCUUCGGCAAGGUUGCACCUGAAGAAAGAGAAGAGAUUGAGAAAUUUGGCUUAGUGGUAUAUUCUUGGGAUGAAUUUUUAAAACAGGGGGAGAAUAAACAAUAUGAUCUCCCAGAGAAAAAGAAAAGUGAUAUCUGUACAAUAAUGUACACCAGUGGGACGACUGGUGAUCCAAAAGGAGUGUUGAUUUCAAAUGAGAGUAUCGUUACUCUUAUAGCCGGUGUGAAAAAGCUACUCGAGAGUGUGAAUGAACAGUUGACUAUAAAGGAUGUAUAUCUUUCAUACCUUCCUCUUGCCCAUAUAUUUGAUAGGGUGAUUGAGGAGUUAUUUAUUUCACAUGGUGCUUCUAUAGGAUUCUGGCGAGGGGAUAUCAAAUUAUUAAUUGAAGACAUUGGGGAGCUUAAACCAACUAUUUUCUGUGCCGUGCCUCGUGUAUUGGAUAGAAUACAUUCAGGUUUGACACAGAAGAUAUCUUCAGGGAGCUUCUUAAAACAGAAAUUGUUCAAUAUAGCAUACUCAUAUAAAUUAAAUUGUAUGAAGAAGGGGCGUACACAUGACGAGGCAUCUCCAAUUUGUGACAAAGUUGUCUUUGAUAAGGUAAAACAAGGCUUGGGAGGAAGAGUAAGGCUUAUUCUGUCUGGAGCUGCACCUCUUGCAAUACAUGUUGAAGCUUUCCUGCGGGUGGUCUCAUGUGCUCAUGUUUUGCAAGGAUAUGGUCUUACAGAAACUUGUGCAGGCACUUUUGUCUCACUACCAAAUGAAAUGGCAAUGCUCGGUACAGUAGGGCCUCCUGUACCAAAUGUGGAUGUAUGCUUAGAAUCUGUUCCUGAAAUGAAUUAUGAUGCUCUUGCAAGCACACCACGUGGAGAGGUUUGUGUGAGGGGAAGUACUGUCUUCUCGGGUUACUACAAGCGAGAAGACCUCACGAAGGAGGUCCUGAUUGAUGGAUGGUUCCACACAGGAGAUAUUGGUGAGUGGCAACCAGAUGGGAGCUUGAAAAUUAUUGACCGCAAGAAGAACAUAUUUAAACUUUCACAAGGAGAAUAUGUCGCUGUUGAAAACUUGGAGAAUAUUUUUGGUCUUGCUUCUUCUGUUGAUGGGAUAUGGGUUUAUGGGAACAGCUUCGAAUCAUUCCUGGUUGCUGUUGUUAACCCCAAUCAGCAAGCUCUUGAAAGUUGGGCAAAAGAGAAUGGCAUCGGUGGGGACUUCAACUCCCUUUGCAAAAAUCCAAAGGCAAAAGAAUUCAUUCUUGGAGAGCUUACAAAAACUGCCAAAGAAAAUAAGCUGAAAGGUUUUGAAAUUGUAAAAGCUGUUCACCUUGAUCCUGAACCAUUUGACAUAGAACGCGACCUCCUCACUCCAACAUAUAAGAAAAAGAGGCCCCAGUUGCUCAAAUAUUAUCAGAAUAUUAUCGACAACAUGUACAAAAGCGCAAGCAAGCCGAUUGCCUGAAAGGAGGAUCUCAAUGUUCUUGCUCAAAAAUGCCUGUUGCAUUUUUUUCGUCUCUCUUUCUUCUUCCCCUAGUUAUUUAUUGUACAUAGUUUUAAUCAUAUAGACGUUUCAAUUUGUGGACCAAAGAGUAGCUUUUUUAAAGAGCCAUAGCAAAGUGACAGAAACCAUUUCCUGUAAAUGGAGUUGAUACAAAAUUUUAAAUUGUUCUUCAGUACUUUCUUUUAAAUAAAAUCAAUGUUACCAGAUAU